AGUUCUUUGUGUUAGUCAGAUAAUAUUUUAGUCUUAUAACUUUAGAUAAACCGUAUAAACUUUAAAAACAUGUUUAAAUGGAAGAGCACCUAACCUUAUGUUUCUUCUAAGAUCACUUUCUACUCGGGUACAUAAACGACUUAUACCAGUGCAUUUUAAUUACAAAAAUAUAUCAGCUUCAAUUUUUCCACGUAAACUAUUAACUUCGUGUAAUUUAUACAACAGAGGUUCUGCAAUCUUAACUUUUCAAAAAACAGUUUUAAAAAGAAGUUUCAGCACCAAAAUGCCGCCAAUAAAUAAUUUUGUUGAGAGUUUGAUUAAAGAUAAUAAAAUAAUGGUUUUUUCAAAAUCUUAUUGUCCCUACUGCAACAAGGUUAAAGACCUGUUUUCAAAGUUGGGCUAUGAAUAUAAAGCAUACGAACUGGAUUUAGAGGCUAAUGGCCCUGAAAUUGAACAAAUUCUCUUUCAAAAAACAAAUCAAGAAACAGUACCCAACAUAUUUAUCCGUGAAAAGCAUAUUGGCGGAUGCAGUGAUACAGAAAAAGCAUAUCAAAAUGGAAGUUUGCAAAAACUUUGGCAAGGUGAUGCUGUUAAGUACGACUUUGAUUUAUUUGUCAUAGGUGGUGGAUCUGGUGGUCUUGCUUGUUCAAAGGAAGCAGCAGAUCUUGGAGCAAAAGUUGCAGUUGCAGACUUUGUAGUUCCAUCUCCAGCAGGUUCUACCUGGGGAUUAGGUGGAACUUGUGUUAAUGUUGGUUGUAUACCAAAGAAGUUAAUGCACCAAGCUGCUCUUCUUGGUGAGGCUAUCCAUGAUUCUCGUCAUUAUGGGUGGAAUAUUGAAGAAAAUAUUUCUCAUGACUGGGCUAAAAUGGUUGAUGCUAUACAACAACAUAUACGUAGUCUUAACUGGGGUUACAAAGUUAACCUUCGUCAAAAAAAUGUGAAGUACUACAAUAUGUAUGCCACUUUCUUAGAUAACCAUACAUUGCAAUUGACUGACAAAAGUGGCAAAGUAGAAACUGUUACUGCUGAUAAGUUUGUUUUAGCUACAGGUGGUCGACCUACAUAUCCUGACAUACCUGGAGCAAAAGAAUGCGCCAUUACGAGUGACGAUAUAUUUUCUUUGCCUUAUGUCCCUGGAAAAGUUCUAUUUUGUGGAGCUUCAUACAUUGCUUUAGAGUGUGCUGGUUUUACACAUGGCAUAGGGAUGGAUACAACUGUUAUGAUGCGAUCAAUUCCUUUGCGUGGAUUUGAUCAGUUUAUGGCAAACAAAGUUGUUGAUUACAUGGAAACUAUUGGAAUUAAAUUUUUGAAGAAAUAUACGCCAAUAAAGAUGGAAAAGGUAGAAGAGGGGACCCCAGGUAAAAUUAAAGUGACUUAUAUGAAUCACAAUACUAAUGAAGAAGAAAGUGAUAUAUUCAACACAGUUGUGGUUGCUAUUGGUCGAUCUCCAUGUACUAAAGGACUUGGUUUAGAAAACUUAGGAGUUAAGCUCAAUCCUUUGAAUGGAUUUUUAAUAUCAGAUGAGUAUGAUAGAACAAAUAUUGAAAAUAUAUAUGGAAUUGGAGAUAUUUUGGAUGGAAAACCAGAGUUGACCCCAGUUGCUAUACAAGCUGGAAAGCUCCUUGCAAAGCGACUUUUUAAUGGCUCAAAAGUUACAUGUGAUUAUACCAAUGUUGCAACUACAGUGUUCACUCCUCUUGAGUAUGGGGCUUGUGGUUUAUCAGAAGAAACAGCUAUUGAGAAGUAUGGUGAAGACAAUAUUGAAGUUUAUCAUUCUAAUUUCACUCCUCUUGAAGCAACUGUUCCUCAUCGAUUAGAUAAUGUUUGUUAUGCAAAAGUUAUUUGUAAUAAAAAAGAUGAGGAGCGUAUUUUGGGUAUGCAUGUUCUUGGUCCAAAUGCUGGUGAAAUAAUACAAGGUUUUUCUAUUGCUUUUAAAGUUGGUGCAAAAAAGCAACAUUUAGAUGAUCUAAUAGGUAUUCACCCAACAAAUGCAGAGAUAUUUACCACUUUGGAAAAAACAAAGCGAUCUGGUGAUGAUCCUUCUGUUACUGGUUGCUGAGGUUAAACCCACUAUCAUCUUAUAAACAUAUUUUGUUUUUCCUAAUGAUGAUGGUGGGGUGUCCAUAGAUUUAUUUUAAAACAUCUUUUGUCUUUUUUAUAAGACGUAUGAAGACUUAUAUAUCAACUACUUACGUAGCAUUGUAGGUCUGAUUUUGAAGAUUUUUUAAAUAUAUUUUGUAAUAGAAAAAAAGCUUAUUAUUUAAUAAAGCUUGUUAUUUUUGUUCUUAAUGUUAAUUUAUGUUAAUUAAAUUAAGAUUUUUUUUUUUCUUGUUCUUUUUCAACACCUAUUGAAGUUUUUUAUUUAACAUCGGUUGUUCUGAAUUUAAUGUAAUAGAUAUGUAAACAAUUUUUUUCCCAGUCAUUUUUGAAUGUGCUUUAACAUUUCUAAUGUUUUUAUACAUUUCUAAUUAUUCAGUUUAGUAUAAGUAAAAAGUAAUAAUUUAUUUAAAUACCACAAUUUUAAGUGUAGCUUCUGCUUUAUUGUAUGAAAUUUAUUGAUAAUAACUUGUUUUAUAA